GCCUCUGCUGCUCCCCCCUUGAUCUUCCCUACCUAGCAGCUGAAAGAAACCCAAGAAGGGGUGGGGAAGGGGAGGGAGCCCUCCAGAAUCAUCUUAAGACCCCUCCUCAUGCACAAACACUAACCCCCCCAGCCCCCCCUUCCCUCCCCCAGAGGGUGCUUUGCUUUUAUUUUAAUUUGAUUUCAUUUUUUUGCAAUGGCAUGAUAACCGAGUUGGCAGCGAGUUGCUGGGAAGGAGGAGCAGAGGAGGAGGAGGAGAGGGGGGGAAAUAGAGGAGGGGGCGUUUGCUUUACAUUUCUUUCCCCCCUCCCCUUGUUCUCUAACCCGGGUUGAGCCCCGCUGUUGUCUCUGGGACGAUCGCAGACAAGCCAUGUGAAGGCUUGAGGACAGGUGGAAAGGGAGGAGGGGAGGGGGGGCGAAAGAGAGAGAGGGGGGGAUAGGGAGGAGGAGGAGGAGGAGUCCUCCGCGGAUCCCCCCCCUCUCCUUUCCCUUCCUUCCCCUUCCCCUCCUCUCCCCUCCCCUCAAAAGGCUUCGGAGAGUUUGGGGAAACGAGCCAUCCGACUGCAACGCCACCAGAUUUCAAACCCUCUCGGGGAAGAUCUCCGGAAAGCGAGUCAAAGUUUUCAGGGGUGCGAAGGGCACGCCGCACGGACGCCAUGAGCCCCGCCUGCCUGCCUCUCGUCUUCCUACUGCUGCUAGAGAGGACGUCUCGUGCCCACUUCCCCGAAGAAUCUGGGCCCAUCAGCAUUGCUCUGGACGACUACGUGAAGCAAUAUGCGGUGUUCGUGGGCAACGGACUCGGCCGGUUUGCCGGCCAAGACGGCGGGGCCGAGCGCCUCCAUAUUCAACGGAUGCUGACCAUCAACCGGACUCUGUUUAUCGGAGAGAGGGAUAAUUUAUACCGGAUCAGCUUGGAAUCUGCUACGGCCGGAGAGAUGCGGUACCAUCGGAAAAUGACCUGGCGAUCGAAUAAACACGACAUCAACAUCUGUCACAUGAAGGGAAAACACGAAGCAGAAUGCCGGAAUUUUAUCAAAGUGCUGCUUCUACGCAACGACAACGUGCUCUUUGUGUGCGGGACGAAUGCCUUCAACCCCGUUUGCUCCGAUUACAGUAUGGACUAUCUGGAACCAAUGGGGGACAAUAUCAGCGGCAUGGCCAGGUGCCCUUACGAUCCCAAGCACGCCAACGUUGGCCUCUUUACAGGAGGGAUGCUGUUCACAGCCACGGUGACGGACUUCCUGGCCAUUGACGCUGUGAUUUACCGCAGCCUGGGAGACAGCCCGACCCUGCGCACGGUGAAGCAUGACUCCAAAUGGUUUAAAGAACCCUACUUUGUCCACACUGUGGAGUGGAAGAACCACGUCUACUUCUUCUUCAGAGAGAUCGCGAUGGAAUUCAACUACUUGGAGAAGAUGGUAGUUUCCAGAGUGGCUCGAGUUUGCAAGAACGACAUGGGGGGAUCUCAGCGGGUCUUGGAGAAACAGUGGACGUCCUUCCUCAAGGCUCGUCUGAAUUGCUCCGUCCCAGGAGACUCUCACUUCUACUUCAACGUCAUCCAGUCGGUCACGGACAUUUUGGAGAUCGAGGGGAGGCCAAUGGUGCUGGCCGUCUUCUCCACACCCACCAACAGCAUUCCUGGCUCAGCCGUCUGCGCGUACGACAUGGCCCAAAUUGCAUCCGUUUUCGAAGGUCGCUUCCGAGAACAAAAAUCUCCCGAAUCCAUUUGGACUCCGGUCCCGGAAGAGCUGGUUCCCAAACCACGACCAGGUUGUUGUGCGGCGCCUGGAAUGCAGCACAAUUCCUCCAGUCUUUUUCCCGACGAGAUCCUGAACUUUGUCAAGACGCAUCCCCUGAUGGACGAGUCGGUCCCAUCAUUGGGCAACGCCCCUUGGAUCAUCCGGAGUGUGGCUCGGUACCAACUCCGGAAGAUUGUGGUGGACAACGCAGCCGGACCGGGUCGGAAUUACACCGUCGUCUUUCUGGGCUCCGAUUCGGGAACCGUCCUGAAAUUCCUCAUCCGCGCCAACCUCAGCGCCAGCUCAUCUCCCGCCCGAGCCAGUAGCCACAGCUUGCUGCUGGAGGAAUUUGAGACCUACCCCAGUGACAAGUGCGGGAAGGACGCAACAGGCGAACGGAAACUGCUGAGCAUGGAGCUGGAUAAGGCUACGGGAUCGCUGCUGCUGGCCUUCCCCCCCUGCGUCGUGCGGGCCCCCGUGGCCAGGUGCCACCAGCACUCCACGUGUAUGAAGAAUUGUUUGGCCAGCAACGAUCCGUACUGUGGCUGGACGCCUGAAGGGUCUUGUAUUUUUGUGGAACGCAACACCAGGCUGGCGUUUGAACAAGAUAUCGGUGGCAUCAAGACCUCUUACCUCGGUGACUGUGAAGGCCUGGUGACGGAAAGCUUUGUGGAUGAACCUAACGGGCUGGUGUCCGUCAACUUGCUGGUCAUCUCUUCUGUGGCGGCCUUUGUCAUCGGAGCGGUGAUCUCAGGCUUUAGCGUGUGCUGGUUCAUCGGACAUCGAGACCGUAAGGAACUGGCCCGCCGCAGAGACAAGGAAAACAUCCUCGCGCAUGGCGAAUCCGUGGUCAGCGUCAGCCGGCUGGGAGAUCGGCGUUCCCGGGGACCCGGUGGCCAACCGGAGAACUUGUUGGCUCCACUCAUGCAGAACGGGUGGCCCAAAGGACUGAUUAAGAUGGGCCAGCAUGACCUCGAUUCAGGGGUACUCCCCACUCCGGAGCAGACCCCCUUGCAACAAAAGCGGUACCCCAAGCCGUGCAGCUGGGAAUACAGCCACAAUCUCAUCAACGCUUCCCUGCGCGGAGGAGAACCGCCAUCCUCGGUUAUCCUUCUCCACGCGGGACAUACCCCGGUGCCGUCGCACCUGAGUUCCGGACGAGUCAUCCCCAUUUCCUGCCAGUCCGUGUUGAUGGACCAAGAACUGGACAGCGAAGGAGCAGACCUCUCGCUAGACAUGCGUUAUCUCCCGGUUAGCGGUGGCGAGGGACCGAGAAGUAUCCAAUCACAUCCAGGCCCGCUGACCCAUCGACCUUGCGGGACUCGGAGCUCGUACGGCAGCGAGCUGCCGAUCACGCCGCACGACAGCCCGGAUCGGCGGCGGGUUGUAUCCGCUCCAACCGGGGACACAGGCAAUCAGUGGAAUCCCGAGAAGCUGAACUUCAAUAGUAACAGCACGGGCAGCAAAGGAAGCGCUCACCUCAGGCGCACCCACACGUUCAACAGCGGGGAAGGUCAGACCACCCACGCCCGAGCCCAGCGGACAUCGACGCCGGGACCUCAUCACACCCUCACAGACUACAGUCAUCUCUUGAAAUACAGUGGCGCAGAGAGGACUCCGUCUUCGGUCAAAUAGGGCUGGUCAGGGUUGUGUGGCUUGGCUUGGUAACCUUCUUCCUCACACGAGGGGUGGGGUUUUGCUGCAGAGAGGAAGAGGAAGAGGAGGAGGAGGAGGAGGAAGAGCAAAGCAGGAAAACGACAGUGAGAGAUGCUUGAUUCCCCCGUAGGUGGUCUGGAGGGACCGGAAUGCCCCACUUCCCAAGCGUUCCAGAUCUGCGCGAGAUACAAAAAAAAAGAAGGUUCUUUUCUUCGUGUGUGUAUGUGUGUUUUUGGGGUUCUCUUCAUCCUGGCGCUUCCUCAUUGGAUUCUUCCUUGCCUUUGCAAAACUCCUCCUCCUCCCUGAGGGGGUGGGCAGGCAGGGGCAGGCCCGGGCACUGCCCCCACCCACCCGCGUGUGGGCAAAGGUACUGUCGGUAAGUCAGGAAGGAACAGCGAUCGUGAAACGAGUUGCAACGAUUAUCUGCUGCUAAGGAAAAAAGGAACAGGACGGCUGCACAACGCAUUGGGGGUGGCCCUCCUGGUUUCUUUACUCAUUCUCUCUUCCCCACCCGCCUUUUAUUUUUAUUUUUGGCUCUGGAAGGGUGGGGGGGGUUCUGUUUCAGACUGUGAAAGAGUUCUCCGAAAAUUA